AUGCGCGUGGGUCCCGAGCGCACGCGGCCUCACGCAGCCUCACGCAGCCUCACGCGGCCUCACGCAGCCUCACGCACCGAGGAAGUGGAGAAAAACGUGUUCGUGGGCCUCCGGAUUACAGCCUUAUCUCCAGCACUAGCAGCAACAUGGAUGAUCCUCACCACGCGAUACUGCUGUGGACGCGCACGCACACGUCAGGGGGAGGGGCACGCACACACGGGAGCGCGCCUUGGGGGUCAGGCCGUGUCAGGCGCGUUCACGGUCGUGGGACUUUACGAGGACACAGAGGGAGGAGACCAGGAGGAGACCCAGGACACAGAGGGAGGAGACCAGGAGGAGACCCAGGACACAGAGGGAGGAGACCAGGAGGAGACCCAGGACACAGAGGGAGGAGACCAGGAAGAGACCCAGGACACAGAGGGAGGAGACCAGGAGGAGACCCAGGACACAGAGGGAGGAGACCAGGAGGAGACCCAGGACACAGAGGGAGGAGACCAGGAGGAGACCCAGGACACAAAGGGAGGAGACCAGGAGGAGACCCAGGACACAGAGGGAGGAGACCAGGAGGAGACCCAGGACACAGAGGGAGGAGACCAGGAGGCGACCCAGGACACAGAGGGAGGAGACCAGGAGGAGACCCAGGACACAGAGGGAGGAGACCAGGAGGAGACCCAGGACACAGAGGGAGGAGACCCAGGACACAGAGGGAGGAGACCCAGGACACAGACCCAGGAGACAGAGGGAGGAGACCAGGAGGAGACCCAGGACACAGAGGGAGGAGACCAGGAGGAGACCCAGGACACAGAGGGAGGAGACCAGGAGGAGACCCAGGACACAGAGGGAGGAGACCAGGAGGAGACCCAGGACACAGAGGGAGGAGACCAGGAGGAGACCCAGGACACAGAGGUAUGGUCUUGCCAUAUUUUUGUGUUGAUGUGGGACUGGAGUGAUGGUGUGGCCUGUGCUGUUCUGAGGCCCUUCUCGGCUGGGGUGACUGUCAAGGACUGGUGUGACGGAGUGCUGCCGCCCGGGGAGACGUUCCAGUACCGGACUGAGCACGUGGCUGCUGAUGUCCAGGAUCAGACCAUGACAUGUGCGCAUUGGUGCCCGAAUCCAGCGCCGUCCCUUGGGAGCCACAGGAGUGUGGUUAUGCCUGUUGGGGUGCCGGCUGACGUGUGUGUUCAAGAGUCCGUAAUUCUGAUGUUCCCAGCGCGUCCUACGGUCCCGUGUUCUGGACGUUCUGUUGAUUUCCUGUGCUCCGGUCAGGGGAAUUCGUGUUCCGGUUCUGCGCCAGUCGUCUACCUGCUGCGGGGAGUUAAAAUAGUGAAAAAUAAGCAGAAGGCGCCGUGGGCUAAAGCAGACUCGGUCAGGGCACAAAAGAGAAAGUGCCGGAGGGCCGAGCGGAAGUGGCGCAAGUCCAACCUCCAGGUUGAUUACGAGAUCUUCAAAGAUAAGUUGUGCGAGUUUAACCGGGUGCUACGUAGUUUCAUACAUGAGGCCCACAGUGAGGCCCACAGUGAGGCCCACAGUGAGGCCCACAGUGAGGCCUACAGUGAGGCCUACAGUGAGGCCCACAGUGAGGCCCACAGUGAGGCCUACAGUGAGGCCCACAGUGAGGCCCACAGUGAGGCCUACAGUGAGGCCCACAGUGAGGCCCACAGUGAGGCCCACAGUGAGGCCCACAGUGGGGCCCACAGUGAGGCCUACAGUGAGGCCCACAGUGAGGCCCACAGUGAGGCCCACAGUGAGGCUCACAGUGAGGCCCACAGUGAGGCCCACAGUGAGGCCCACAGUGAGGCUCACAGUGAGGCCCACAGUGAGGCCCACAGUGAGGCCCACAGUGAGGCUCACAGUGAGGCCCACAGUGGGGCCCACAGUGAGGCCCACAGUGAGGCCCACAGUGAGGCCCACAGUGAGGCUCACAGUGAGGCCCACAGUGAGGCCCACAGUGAGGCCCACAGUGAGGCUCACAGUGAGGCCCACAGUGAGGCCCACAGUGAGGCCCACAGUGAGGCUCACAGUGAGGCCCACAGUGGGGCCCACAGUGAGGCCUACAGUGAGGCCCACAGUGUGUCUCACACAGGCCUAGAGUUUACCUCAUCAGUGCGAGGCCAGCCUGGCCUGACCCUCCUCCUCUGGGACCUACGGGCCUCUGGCUCCUCUACCUCACAAAGUUCACGCUGA